AUGCGCGACGCGGUUUUACAACGGCAGCAAUCAAACGCGGCUCGGGGUGUUGGGUUCACGUUGGCACCCCGACUCACUCGUAUCGUCUCCGAAUCGGUACCGUGUUUUUGCAAAUUAACAGUUUAAAUCAACCGCGUUAGUAUAGCGAUCGCGCGCCGGAGUCGAUAGUUAUUACGAAAAAAUAAUAAUAAUUAUGAUAGCUCCGUUUUUAGUUUUUACCGGUAUUUCAUUUUUUUUUUUUUAUCGGAACCCCGUAGGCGGCGCGGCGGACGUAUCGCCAUUUAAAACGAACACAGCCCGAUAAUACACGGACCUGAGCAAAAUUUGUUUGCGGUGCGCAAAAACACGAAACCGUUACGUGCGUAGAGCUAUUUGUUCGUGUUUAACGUGCCGAUAACAAGUUGAUAGUACCCUACGCAACGCAAAUACCGCGUACCUACCGUAAUACCGUAACGUCGGCCGUACGCCUACGCGCGGACGGGCAUAUCGAAGUUGUGUGACGAUUCGUUGACGCGCGCGCGUGAAUAUUCCCGUACAACAGCGUUGGGAGUACCGGAGUCACAGCCGAACAACGAACAACGGACGUAUUUUAUACCGCAUACCUACGUUCGGCGUGUGUACGGUCGCGAUUGAAUACUCCGUACGGUUAAAUCGAAAAAAAAAAAUUAAUAAAAUAGAAUGUAUUAUGUGUAUAUGGUUUUUUUUUUUUUUUCCCCGUAAAACAUUAUAAUAAUAAAUACUAUAAAAAAAAAAAAAAAAAAAUGUUAAAUAUAAUUUAGUCAAUAUUAUUGCUUUUUGUUCGCAGUACUCUAUACAUAAUUAUGUACGUAUAAUUUAUUAGUUUAUUGUUUUGCAUUGCGAAUUUCGAUAAUAUCCGUUUAUAUUUCGGCCGACAUAAAACAAACGUAUUUUAUUUAUUUUUUUUUUUCGUUUGAUUUCUGUUUUGUAUUUCUAGUAAAACAAAAUUCAUAAAUCAGAAAGUACACGCGCGUAUAUUGUUAUACAGCGCGUUUCACUCGAAUGCCGUUACCGUGAAACAUUCCAGUCAUUUCGAUAUUUUCGGUGGUUUUUUUUUUAGGAAAUUCGAGGAUCCCAACAUAUGCGUUAAAGUCUAUUUUCAAAAUGUUAACCUUCGCGGUGCAGUAUGUUUGGUUGACAUUAUUUAUAACGGAAACAUCUAUUUUCAACAUCAGAUUCGAGUGGUUUUAUUUUUUGCUAUUUGAAAAUUUCCGCACGAUACGACCAUAAUUGAUGAUUUUGUAAAUUUGUUCUCGCUUUUUCAACACAUUUAAAACCCAAGAUUUCAAAAGUUAAUACAUAUGACUGGGUUUUUGUUUUUUUUUUUAAGGGGGGAAGAAAAAAUGAUUAGUAGUAUAAUAAUAAUAAAUUAUCCACGCAUGAUUAUACAUACGUUUAAUUUUUUUUUAACCAUUAUAUAUGUCGGAUGAUUUUUGAAAUAGAAACAAAAAUAGUAAUUCAAUAAGUUUAUUGCCAGAAAAAAAAAAUAAUAAUAAUAAUAAUAAUAUUCGAGUCUUCUGUUUAAGGAGCUAAAAUGUCUUAAAGUUUUACUGGACAAUUGUGCACCGAUUUGGUUGAAACUUGAUGUAUACUUUGCGUAUUCCGGUACUUCCGAUCUUCUUAUAAAAACAACCGUAUGUCAGUUCCGUUAAAUUAUUUCACGUUACCGUUCAAGCGAACCGCACUGUAUGAUUAUGUAGCCUCGCGUUUAGUACAUUACAAUAUUAUUAAAUCAUAAACGACCACCCAUAUUUUAGCUUAUUACAAUAUUAUUAAUACGAAAUAAACAACACCGGUUUAUUUUUAGGUUUAACACAAACAUAAUAAUAUUUUAACAAAUUAUAACGCGCGCAAAUGAUUAAUAAUAUUUUGACAGUAAUUCGUUCGAAAAAUUCGAUAAUGUGAUUUUCCUGGGCCUGUCUGUAGGUCCUGUUUUUGACGUAUGACGACAUUAUUUUCAUUAUUGCCUGUCAAACCACACUGACUACACUGCAAUACGAUAUUAAGUCCUUACACCUAGGACUGUUCGAAAAUUUCAAUUAAUCGUGCCGAAUUUCGAUUAAUCGAUUAAGUUUAUUUUCGGGGUACUUGGGUACUGACAUUAUUAGCGUAACUGCAGGCACCCGGCAUAUAACGCACAAUACAACAGCCUAUCACUUUCGUGUAUCAAAAUAGACAGUCAUAAAGUAUCAUUCCGGUUUUUCCGCUCUGUUUUCUCAUUUCUGUUCAUUGCCAUUUGCACAAAUAGAGGGAGGGAUACCUUCCCAAAUCGAGCCCUUAACAAUAAAUUAAAUAUCAAGUUUAUACGUUAUAAAAAAUAAGACUCGGAGUCUAUAAUAGUUGCAUAUUGUUUUGUAUGCGCUGGAUUUAUAGCAGACCCAGCCAGAACUCCUUUCUAUACAAUAGAGAGUUUAAACAUCGACCAUUUAAAAUGCAUAUUUCGCGUAUUUCUUCAAUUUUCGGUGCUUUUCGCAUAUUUUUUAUAAUUGCUAAAAAAAUUGAAUUUUUUUUUUUUCUUUCUUAACAAAUGUAUUUUAAAUAAUGUUGAAUAUAAAACUCAAUAUUAUUUAACGUUAUUUAUUGUUAUUUCUAAUCGUCUCGGUUUGUUAUUAAUUUAAUGAUAACGGUGCGAUACGUAUUUAAUCUUUAUUUUUUUUUGUGUAUAUUAACAAUGACAUAACAUGUUUUUGAAUAAUUGUUUGCAUAUUUAAUAUUUUACAAUUUUUGAGCUCCUAUAACUUCUGAUCCCCAUUAAUUAAUAUUAUGGAGCCCCGUGUGUUUUUGGGAAAAGCCAAAAUAUUUGGGCCUUUAUUGCGUCUAUAUUCGUUCGUUAUUAUUGUAACUUUCUAUCGAUUCGUGAUUAAUCGAUUUCCGACUAAUCGUUUUUACGAUUAAUUUGUUGUUCACGAGAAUAAUCGAUACCUAAAUAAAAUAAUCGAACGCCUCUAUAGCUAGGUGUACCUGCCUACAAAUGCGUGUAAUUAUUUUUGGAUCGGCAACUAAAAUUGAUAAAAUAAGCGCAGAGAUAAUAGCAUAAUGCAAUUGUUAUACCGCAUAAAAUGUUAUCUAUAUUUAAAUAUACGCGAGAACGAGCAAUUUGUCGUAGUGUUCUAGCCGACUGGGUCUCGAAACGAAAACUAUAACCGUGGCCGGCUGCAGAGAUUCGCGCUAGUUUAAUAUUAUGAUGAAAGAUAAUAAAAGUGGGUACUGGGUAGGUAGCGCUGACCCGAUGUACAAUCGUUAGGUAACCGUGCGAUCGACAACGACCACAUAAUACAGUUCAAAACAAAAUGGUGUGCAGGUUGUCCCACCGUUGUGAACAGAUUCCUCUAGAGCUGUUAAUAUUCAAUUUGUCUCCCGCCAAUCCGUUUUUCUUUGAGGGGAACAUCUAUUUAGCGAAAAAAUAGAUUUCCAUUUUCAUCAUGUACGUAUCAUGUAGCACGAUAAAAUCAAGUUAUUUUACCAACCACGUUAUGCGGUAUCCUCGUUUAGUGGGUUGUUACUGUAAAAUUAAUGUGAUCGGAUAUGAAUACAAUUACAUUUUUAGAAAAAAUUAAUACUUUACAAAAUAGCUACUAAGUAAAUAAUUAAUUAUUCAUUUUUUUUUUUAAUAAUAAGUGAAUGAAAAUAAAAAUUUAAUUUUUCUCUAAAUAGUUGUCUUCCUCGAAGAAAUAGUGAUUUAUAUUUUUUAAAUAAUUGUAUAUUAACAACUCUAAAAAAAAAAAAUCAUCAAACACCGUAGGAUAUCCUAUUUAAUAUAUUGGUAUUUACGUAAUACGUUAUAAAAUAAAUCCAUUUAUAUGCAAAACUAAGUAUUAAAAUAUUAAUAAUAUUUAUAUGAAUGUUGUAUUUUUUUCUUUCCGUCUGGUGUUUGUUACAAAUAACUUGGGCCAGAAAUUUUACUUCAAUAAAAAUAAAAAUACCCAUGCAAAGACUAGAAUAUGGAGAAUAAAAUAUAAUCCAGAACUCUAGGGUAAUUUUCAACGCCCCAACAUCACCAAACAAAAUCCCAGCGAGAAGAAUGAAAUGGACAGCACAAGCGCGAAGAAAUCGGGGAUCAAUAAUGAAAACUGUAAUCGAAAACAACCCAACAUGAGGGCGACCACUAGGAAGACCUCGCUAAAAAUGGUAGGAUAUUGUCGUCAAAGAUGUAGGAGCGAUAGAAUUUGGUGUGAAGAAUGGCAACAGAUUGAAAGAAUAUUCGCUGGUCUUGAAGGCCGUUAUCGCUUAAGGUGA